AUGAAAAUUUUUCACCAAAUAGUGUUUAUUUUGGAAAAACGGAAAGAAUUGGCAGAACUUCAAGCUGAACUAAAUAGACGGGUAAAGACUUUAUGCGAACGACAAAAAAGUGUAGAAUUAUUGGAUAAAAAAAUUGUUGAUCUAGUUGAUGAACAAAAGUCUUUAUCAAAGGAUGACACCAAAACCGAAGAAUUGGAAAAUUUGAAACAAGAAUUGUUAAACUCCGUUGAAAGCCCUGAUUCGUGUGAAGUCAACUAUACUAGUAGUCCAGAAGUGAUUCCAGAUACUUUAAGUAGUGACACCUAUCACACCGCUCCAAACACAUGUUCCCCUCGUUUUUCGGACACGAAGUUGGAUGCUCUUAUGAGCGACAGUGGUGUAGAAUUAAGGUCUUCUUCUCGACCCCAAGACGACAGCGAUCUCUCUAGUAAUGAAGAUAAGGUGGUGGUUAGUGACUCACAGUCUACUAGUUCAAUAGAAAAUAGAUCGCCGUCGAAUAAGAAAAAUAAACGAAGGGAAACGGAAAUGUGUUUGAGAAGACUCGCCCAAAGAAUAACACAGCAAAAACUUCUUAUCAUGAGAAAUUUGGAUGGAAAUUGUUUGAAAGUACAUAUAGAUAAUCAAAUCGCAGUAUUACAAGAACUGCAACGCCAAUACAUGUCUUUAAAGUUUGGAUGUACCUCAGCUCUUUCUCCAACAUCCGAACAUCCUCUACAAGAUAUUGAUAGUCCUAGUCCUAUUAGGCCUUUACAUACUGGGUCUACAUCUGCUUUAUACUCUCCCACAUUACAGGGUCAUCAACGAUUAUCACCAUUAAAUCAAAAUUUGUACAGAUCAAUGCCUUCCAUUAAUGUUGAUACCGAUCACGACGCUAUAGUGUCAAUAACAAGCUUCUGUUUAAGAGGAGCUGGUAGUAAAACACAUUAUGAAUAUGAAGUUAGAAUAAAUGCAGUCGACGAAAGGUGGACUAUUUUAAGGCGGUAUAGUAGAUUUAGAGAUUUGCAUAUAGCAAUGAAAGCUCGAUAUAGAGAUAAGGUCUCGAACAUACCUUUUCCUUCGAAAACUCUGUUCUCGAACACAGAAGCGGUAGCUCAGUCUCGAAAACGGCAGCUCGAGUUAUAUUUAAGAAGAUUAAUAGAUACGUGCAAAAACCAUCCAUCCUGUCCAUUGGCUUACGGAGGGCCUGUGACCAAAGUUGCCUUGAUAAACUUCUCACCUUUCUUCCGAAAAGGACUUUUCGAAAACGGAAAAUACGGCACCUCAUGA